AUGUCGCUGGCAACUAACAUAACUCCUACCCCCAAGAUACACCCGCUUCCAUGCUACAGCAGUAUUUCUUCCAUUAAUGGUCCUAUUGUUGUUGUGGACAAGGUGCAGAGACAGUGCUAUGGGGAAAUCGUGACGCUCCGUCUUGGAAACGGUGAAAUCAGGACUGGGAAGGUUUUGGAGUGCCAUGGGUCACAAGCUGUCCUGCAGGUUUUUGAAGGAACAGAGGGCCUUGACAUUAAGCAGACAUCUGCAAAGUUCACUGGAGAGGUCAUGAAAGUUGGUGUCAGCCGUGCACUCUUGGGACGUACCCUCUCUGGAUCCGGCGAAAUCAUCGAUGGAGGUGCCCCUGUUCUUGCAGAAGAGAUCCGGGACAUUGAGGGGUCCUCUCUUAACCCCGUUAGUCGUGAAUACCCGAAGAACUGCCUUGAGACAGGGAUAUCAACAAUCGAUAUCCUUACCAGUAUUUGCCAAGGUCAGAAGAUCCUUCUCCUGAGCGGAAGCGGUUUACCUUACAAUCCCCUGCUCGCGCAAAUCGCUAGAAACGCCCGCGUCUGUGUCUCGUGGGAGAAGGCUGUAACAGGUGAGGAGAUAAAAACUUCCGAGGAUGACAAGUUCAUGAUCGUCUUCGCAGGAAUCGGUCUUUCUCAUGAGCAGGCCAUGUUUUUCAAGACGCAGUUUGAACAGACUGGCGCUCUUAAUCGUUCGGUAAUACUCCUUAAUUUGGCUUCUGACCCCGUUGUACAGCGCAUCAGCACACCAAGGAUUGCUGUGACAAUUGCAGAGUACUUUGCAUAUACUCUGGGGUAUCACGUCCUUGUUCUUCUUUCGGAUAUCUUUAAUUAUGCGGACGCACUCCGCCAGAUAUCCUCUGCCAGAAACGAGGUACCCGGCAGAAAGGGAUAUCCACCGUAUCUUUACUCUGACCUUUCGACAAUUUACGAAAGAGCCGGACGCGUCCAUGGGAUCAAGGGGUCGAUUACGCAGAUCCCGCUAAUCACUCUUCCAAACGAUGAUAUCACACAUAUCAUUGCAGAUCUGUCAGCGUUCAUUACAGAGGGCCAGAUCUUUCAGGACCGCAAGUUGUUCAACAAGAACAUCAUCCCUGCGGUGGACCCCCUCCCCAGCCUUUCUCGUCUGCAGAAAUCCGCUAUAGGUAAGGGGAGAACCCGCGAAGACCACCCUGACGUAGCUAAUCAGCUAUAUGCAUCAUACGCUAUCGCAGUUGAGGUUUUAAGCCUUAAGUCCAUCGUCGGUUCUGAAGGUCUCAGUGACAACGACCAUAAGUAUCUGAAGUUCUUGGAGGUCUUUGAGGAGCAGUUUCUGAAACAGGACUUCAACACCAGACGAUCUAUUUACGAGUCUCUCGACCUAGCUUGGAAGUGUCUGCGUGUUUUACCGAUCAAUCUGCUGAGCCGUAUCUCGGAUAGUAUCCUUGAGAAGUACUAUUACGUGCAGACUGACGCCGCUGAGCAGCCAGGAGCUAAGACUAAGUGA